AGGGUUUAAUUAAGAAUAAAAAAUUGGGGAUAGGGUUCAUCAAUGAAGAGAAGUACACAAGAAAAAUGGAGAACGUACUGAUGCACACUCACUUCGUGCUGGUGUUGAACUCCAAUUGCAGAGAAAGUAAAAGUAGGAACAGUGUUUUCCGGAAACCCUUUGCGAAAUUCCGAUCCCUCACCACUCAAAUUUGCUAUGCCUCUUUCCACCCUUUACCGUCACUCACUCACACAGUUUCAGACUCAAAGCAUAAAACUCUUCUGGUUGAGAAUUACCAUCUUCAUGAAAGUCUCAGAACCUUACUUGCAAAGCUUGAGGAGGAAGAUUCAUGCCCUCUGCACAUACUCACCCAAGAUGGAGAUUGGUCCAAAGACCAUUUCUGGGCCGUUGUCAAGUUCCUUAAAAAUGCUUCCAGGUUUACCCAAAUUCUUCAGGUUUUUGAUGUGUGGAAGAACAUUGAGAAAUCGAGGAUUAGUGAGUUUAACUAUAACAAGAUCAUAAGCUUGUUAUGUGAAGAAGGAAUGAUGGAAAAUGCGUUAUCUGCACUGAAAGAGAUGAAAAUUCAAGGUCUCAAGCCUUCUUUGGACACUUACAAUCCAAUAAUUCAUGGAUUAUCCAUAGAAGGUAAGUUCAGCGAUGCCUUACAUUAUUUUGAUGAAAUGAAAGAAUCUGGUUUAGAACCGGGGACUGAAACCUAUGAUGGUUUGAUUCGGGCCUAUGGUAAAUUUCAAAUGUACGAUGAGAUUGUUAAGUGUGUGAAAAAUAUGGAAUUGGAUGGAUGCUCUCCUGAUCAUAUCACUUAUAAUAUACUUAUUCAAGAGUAUUCGCGUGCUGGGCUACUCCCGAGAAUAGAAAAGCUUUAUCAAAGAAUGCUUUCAAAACGAAUGCAUUUGCAGUCUUCUACUUUAGUUGCAAUGCUAGAAGCUUAUACCACAUUUGAGAUGGUAGAAAAGAUGGAAAAAUUUUAUAGAAAACUUUUGAACUCAAAAACACGUUUAAAGGAUGAUUUGAUUAGAAAAUUGGCUGAAGUUUAUAUCAAGAACUACAUGUAUUCUAGAUUGGAGGACCUAGGACUAGAUUUAUGUUCGGCAUUUGGUGAGAGCAACCUUGUAUGGUGUCUCCGUCUCCUUUCUUAUGCGUGUCUUUUGAGUAAAAAAGGUAUGGAUAUAAUUGUUCGAGAAAUGCAACAUGCCAAAGCUAAUUGGAAUGUUACUUUUACAAAUAUUAUCAUGCUGGCUUAUGUAAAGAUGAGAGAUUUCAAGCAUUUGAGGAUUUUGCUCUCUCAAUUGCCAAUCUAUCAGGUGAAGCCUGAUAUAAUCACUAUUGGAAUCCUAUUUGAUGCAAAUAGAAUUGGUUUUGAUGGUAGUGGAGCUUUGGAAACAUGGAGAAGAAUGGGCUAUCUGUACAGAGUAGUAGAAAUGAAAACAGAUUCUCUGGUCCUUACUACAUUUGGGAAAGGUCAUUUUCUUAAAAGCUGUGAAGAAGUGUACUCUUCUCUUCACCCUGAGGAUAGAGAAAAGAAAACAUGGACUUAUUAUGAUCUCAUUGCUUUGUUGUCAAAACAUACUGGUAGUGUCGACUGUAUGAAACCAAGAUAGUUAAUCCAAUCCAUCUUUGCUUUUACGAAAGAGGAAAUAAUUGUUUAAAAUUGUGACGUCUCUCUUUCCAUUGUUAAGUUGCGAUGAUGAAAAAAAAUAUUAAAAAACUAUUUUGGUAGAAUGAAACAAUUUUGCAAUUUUGAAAUAGAGACUUUUUAUUUUAGUUUUUUGCAAACGUGUUAGAAAUUAUGGCUAAUGCAGAUGCAUCAUUCUCUUUAGGAGUUCCUAGAUUAGGGGGAAAUGUCUAAUCACAGGAAUUGCAGGAAUGUGCAAAAAUUGUGAUGUGUUUUCCUUAAAUGUGUGUUUCUCUUCGUCAGACUCUUUAAAAGAGUUUAUGACUUUCAUAAUAUCUUUUUAAGUUUAUUUCAUUAUUUUGUUAUAACUUAUUGAAUAAGUUCUUUUCAAUUUAUGGCGAUAAAUUUUAUAAUUAAAUUUGUGUUUGGAUAUAGUGUUUAAUUAGUAUUUGUUUAAUAAACUCUUUUAGAAAGUAGAGGUUGUCUUGUAAUAUCAUAUGAUCUUUUGACUCGACGGGAAUUUAUUCUGCAAUUGUUUCUGCUAGUUUUUACCUUCUGUAAAUUCUUCGAAUUUAGAGCUUUAUUGUGGAAGAACGAUUAUCUUUUUUAUGCAUGCUAUGAGUGUGGACAUUUGGUGCAUUACUUUCAAAAUUAAUUGUUAUCUGGAUACUUGCAAUGAAGGUGCUAUUUCUGUCGAGUGGUCGAUGGCUAUGGCAUUUAAA